AUGAAGGUAGCGUACUGUGUAUUAUGCUUGUUCCAGACAGCACCUCCAGAGGAAUCCACAAAUCAGGGUGAUGCAAGAUUAGUUCCGUUCAGUAAGCCAGAUGAACAAAAAUGUGGUUUAUGCGGGAAGUCAUACACUUUCUACCGUCUACUCUCUCACCUUAGGACUGCACACGGAGAAACCGGAAGGAGGGUCGCACAAGAUCUCUCUGGGAAGACUGUUCCUUGCACAGUUGGCCACUGCAGCUACAGAGGCACUAGCGAAGAGGCCCUGCGGAAACACAAGGCGAAAUAUCAUAGCGGAGACAAGGAAAACGAAAACGUCGGCACCACGGAAAAGAUGUUUUGGUUGUGUCCAUUGUGCGACGCGAAAAUCAAGGAUCAGGAAGACCUCAAUCGCCACUGCGUGAAGGAUCAUGGUGGUGAUCGUUUCAAGCCACAGAUGAUAUCAUUCGCAGCGGAAACCGAUUUCAAGAUGUGGAAAGCAGAAACAGAGCUUGCGCAUGUACUGAAAUGGAGGAGGCACGGUGUCAUCAAUAAUAAGAAGGGCAUUAGGAAAUAUUACGUAUGCCACAGAUCUGGCGUCGUUAGAAGUCACAGCAGAGGAAUGAGACUCGGUCGAGAGUCCAAGAUCACAACCAGACAUUGUACUUCGUUUCUUAAGGUUCGUAUUACUGAGGUAGGAUCAGUCACGGCAUGGUACUGCGUCGCUCACGUCGGACAUAUUGUGACGGCUUCAUCACUGCCUUUAUGCAAAAGCGACAAGGAAACAAUAGGCCACUAUCUGCAACUAGGACUCAACAUUCCCACUAUUCUGCGCAUCAUCAGGAAAGAGCAAUGCGAUCCCAACCAACGUCUGUAUUGGAUUAGUGCAAGUGACAUAAGGAAUACUCAGGAAGCCCUUCAGCUUUUACCUGGUAAACUUCACAAUAACGACCUCGAAUCGGUUAAAAUCAGAUUCAACAUGAAUAUCGCGAGCGAUGGAAUGCGCCACAUCCUUUUCCCUGCCAACGAGAGAACUAAUUUUCGACUGGUCAUCAUCACGCCGGAGCAAGUGGAGAUUUUACGCCGGUUCAGUGCCAAGGGGAUCUCCAUUGACGACACUCAUUGCACUACCCGUUACGACUUGAAGCUUGCCACCUUGAUGACCGUAGACGAUUACGGACGUGGAGUACCGAGUGCCUUCCUACUAUCUAGCAAGAUGGACAAAAAUGAAUGCGUGUUUCUUUCUGAGGAAGUAAAAAAGGUGUAUGAAGCAUUUAGUCCGAAAUUUUUCCUGUCGGAUGAUACUAUGUCGUUCUGGAAUGCUUACAAAGCUGUUUUUCCAGAGAAUGAAACUACAAAACUUCUCUGUGCAUGGCAUUGCCUGAGGGCUAUUUUUGAUGGACUCAAGCGCUUCUUCCCUGCAGCUGGAGAUGAAAAACGAUGUGAAUUCGCUGGAUGGAUUAAAGUCCUAUUCACACAGAGUAACGGAGUGGAGUUUUCUCGAGCAAAGUCCCAUCUGCUGACUCUCCUGAACAAAUGGACACUGGAAGGAGAUGCCGGAUCUAUGCGUUUUUUACAGUAUUUGAGGGUAAAUUAUUUGUCACGAGAGUCGCAGUGGGCUCCAUACAUGAAAGUCGAGGCCAUCGCAAACACCACAAUUGUUUCCGAGCGAUGGCAUCGCACCUUGAAAUACACGCUGCUUAAUAGAAGUGCGAAUCGACGAGUUGAUGAAUUGAUCGACAUCCUCAUUAAGGCAGUUCCGCUUAUCACAAGAGAACAUUUUGUGCAGGAUGAGCGCAGGCUAAUGGCUGGAAAAUACCGUGCAAAGGAAAAUAAUCGACGGCACCGUAAGGCAGUUGAAAAAGGAGAUGAUGUGCAACCAAGUAGAGUUGCUGAAACGCAAUUAGUGAGAUCGUUCACCAACAACUCGCGCUUAUCGUAUUGUUGCGAACAACUGUCCCUGUGA